CCACCAUGUUGGAUCAGGAAGUGGGCAGAGUCGGAGCAGGAAUCCCGAGCCGAGCUUAGCGUCAACGGCCGUCUCUAUUCGAUCGGCCAAUCGCUUCACCGUUUUCACCUUUAACUUUCAGGUUGUAUGCUGCGUGGCUUUCUGGCUGGUCGAGGUAAGCGCUCUUCGUCGGAUCUCAUCGUUUCGCAGCACCAGCUAUGGCCUCUCUCACGCAGAGAAACUCGGGCCUCGUCCAGCGGAGGACCGAGGCCAUUCGCAGCGCCGCCGCCGACAAGGAGAAGGAGUCCGGUGGCGAGGAGGACGAGGCGCGCCGCGGGGAGGAGGACGACGACGACAAGGGGGACUCGAAGGAAACAAGGCUCACACUGAUGGAGGAAGUGUUGCUCUUGGGCCUCAAGGAUCGAGAGGGUUACACGUCUUUCUGGAACGACUGUAUUUCUUCCGGUCUCCGCGGGUGCAUGCUGGUCGAACUUGCCCUCAGAGGGAGGCUCCAGCUGGAGGCCUGCGGUGUCAGGAGAAAAGGCCUGCUCUCAAGGAAGGUGAUCUGCAAGUCAGAUGCCCCGACAGGAGAUGUGCUACUGGAUGAGGCCUUGAAGCACAUAAAAGAAACCCAGCCUCCAGAGACUGUCCAGAGCUGGAUAGAGCUGCUGAGUGGAGAGACCUGGAAUCCCCUGAAGCUGCACUACCAGCUCAGAAACGUUAGAGAGCGUCUGGCGAAAAACCUGGUAGAGAAAGGUGUCCUCACCACAGAGAAACAGAACUUCCUGCUGUUUGACAUGACCACACAUCCGCUCACCAACAGCACCAUUAAACAGCGCCUCGUCAAGAAGGUCCAGGAGUCCGUUUUGGAGAAGUGGGUCAACGAUCCCCACCGCAUGGACAAGCGGGUUCUGGCCCUGAUCCUUCUGGCCCACUCAUCCGACGUUCUUGAGAAUGCCUUCGCCCCACUCCAAGACGACCAGUACGACCUGGGCAUGAAGAGAGUCCACACUCUGCUAGAGCUGGAGCCGGAGAAAGAGAGCACAAAGCCCAACGCCAAUGAACUCAUGUGGGCUGUUGUGGCUGCGUUUACUAAAUGAAAACACCUGAUUGGUUGGACUGGAGGAUCUGGCUAUGGUCUGUGUUAUUUAAUUGGUUGAAGGACUUCACUUAAUGAGACGGACUUCACUUAAUAAGACAAUCUAUUUUGGUUGGGGAGCCUGUUUGUACAUCUAUUCCGGAUGACAUUUCGGUGGUAGUCCAUAUUAACCCAGUGCAAUCUGAUUGGUGGUGGGCCUCACCAAGUAACAUUUGGUUGGUUGGAACAGUCUCUUAAUGAGAAAUGACUGGCUGCUUUCACACAGUGAGGGAAAUGAUCGGCCACUGCUAGGCUGGACAUGCUUGUAAACAUCGACACUACGAACAGACGGCCUCUGUUAAUGUUAGAUGACAUCAAAGAACAAAGCAGGUGGCAGCAGUAGUCCUGGUGAAUAUGAAGAUUUUUGACUGGGGCCAAGUUUCCCUCUACGCUAAGGAAACAUCAUCUCUCUGUUACUACAAGAUCCCGCCAGAAUCAAGUCCUGGUCUCAUCGCCAUACUCUCCCACACGCUUAUGCAAGGAUAAAGGAUAGCAAAUCACACCGCUAUCGAUGCUCUUUGCACUCAUGCAGGUUUCCUGCUUCUACUUGUUCAUUCCCACUUGUGUUGGGAGCACACAGUUAGUGGUACUGGUAGAAUAGACUACCUGAAUGUUUUGCCGGUUCACCCUGUCUCCUCAUUCUCUUUUCUCCUUUCUUCCUCAUUGCAUUUUGAGGAGGAAAGAGAGAACACACACACUUGAGUUCAGUUGAUGCAUCAUUAAGAGUGAGCCUGGUAGUGUGGCCCUCAUAGUCUCUGACCUAAAUGAAGAAUUAAACCUUGAGUCUAGCAAAACUCUUUAUCUUAUUAGUUUGCUGUUUUUGCAUUGGGUUCAUUCUGUGUUCAUAGAAUGAGACUAGUCUUCCAUUUCUAUUUAUGUUGCUAAUCGAUGCUUGGAGUAGCCUGCCAUUUAUCAACUAUUUUGCACAGUCAGUAGCGCUGUAGGAAGGAUCCUAUUUAUAGGUUUUUCUUGGGUUGAGUAACACAUUUGUAAAGAAUCUUAGCAACCAUGGUUAAAAAACAAAAGAUCUCACUUAUUUUGUCUAUAGCUAUUAAUCUUUAUGAAUACUAAAAAAAUCAUUCCUCUGGACAUAUAAAAACGGUUCUGCUCAUAUUUUUAAGUGUGAGUUGAGAUGGACAGAUGCAGAAAAAACAAAUAGUGAUCAAAUCUGUGCUGAUUUGAAUCGCUAUGAACAGCCUGCACAGGAUUUACAGUGUAUGUCGUUAGCAGUUUGUUUUCACGAACGGGCUAGAAAAUGUUCGAUUCACCCAAAUAAAAUAAAACGUUUUUCCGCUCAGCACUAGUCAUGUUUAGCACCAUGUCGCAGAGACAUCUGAUUCUGUGUAAAUGCAGUGAGGGUAAAUGGAACUUCCCUUAAGAUGAUCAUCAGCAGUACAAAAAAAAAAUCAGUAACCUAAAAAUUUUCCCUUGGACUUUACGCUGUUAACGGUUGUUCUGUGGAUUCAUAAAUACAAACAGAGGUAAGUGAGACAGUGUAUUUUGCAAAUUGGGUGAACCGACCCUUUAAGUUUCCACGUUGCAAUAUCAUAAGUGUCUCAGUCUGUUUGUCAUGUCAUAAUUAGAUGUUAUUUCUAUCUGGUUGGUUGUUACGGCCAUGUUGUAUUGUUUGAUACAUGCAGAUGACGGGAGGGUUACUUGGGCCCCAGAUGAAUCCUUGUUAAAGACUGAAACCGUUCAACAACAUGCAGUCCACUGAACAAAAAAAACUAUAUCUAGACAUGCUUUACUGAAGGUCUGGGAAAACUUGGUUCAGUAUAAAGUCAUGAUGAUAAACAUAAUUCUGGUCUGAUGAGUGUGAUCUAUAUGUAUGAAGUUGCAUCACCUAUUGUUUCAUGGUAUAUUUCUGUCUUUUUUUUUUUCUUACCUACAAAAAUACCAAUUUGUAUGAAGAAGUGUUGGAAUCCGUUUACAGCCAAGAGACCAUGCAUGCUAUUGGUGGAGGGCCGGGGUGCUUGUGGAUGUAGCUACAGAGAAAAGGCUUGUAUGUAAUUAUUAGUCGUUUUAUGUGUACGAUCCAAUGGAAUUCAAUGAAAGGGAUCUUCUCUCCUAUCCUGUAUAAUUCUGUAUGCUUUUGUAUUACCACACAAAAUAAAGUAAGGAUCCUUUAAGUGCCUGAA